AUGCUGAUCUUUUUCUUUAUCAUGAUCUCUGGCAGACUGGUAAUUUAUUACUCAAGCAGAAUGUCAUUGCUCACCAUUCUAUUAUUCAGACUCGCUUAUUUCCUAAUAACCACAGCAGGAGGAGUCAUUGGAAUUGUUUUUUACAGCCGUGUGAUGGAAGAUGGUGAAAGUUGUCUGCCUGACAAAGAGUUCAGUUUUUUUGUACUUAUGAGCGCUUGCAUGUCUUUUUCUAUAAAUAAACAAUGAUAAAUAGCUUAAAUUUCCUACUGGGCAACUCAAGGCGAAGCCUAUAUAAGUUUUUUGAUUUCUUUUGUAUUGAGAAGAUGAAAUCUCCGCAUGGGAAGAGCCAUGAGGCUUAAUAGAGCUCCUUUAUUACAGCCGACCGCAGAUUAUAGCAGAAUUAGAGGACCCCAGUUAAAAAAAGUAGAGGAAUGAAUAGUAAAAUAUAAAGAAACAGAAGAAAAAGACACCUGUGCCAUCUGCUUUGACGAGUUUAAAAAUAAAGAAAAAGUUGCAGCACUGCCUGAGUGUGGGCAUCUUUACCACACUGAAUGCAUUAAGAGAUGGAUAAUCGUAAAGCCAGAGUGUCCUUGCUGCAAAGCUGAUUUAUCGAUUUAUUUUGAAAAUGUAUAA